GCCAGUAGCCCCCCGGCCGUCGAGCUCGCGCCAUGUCCGACAAACAAUACACUCGCGCCGAAGUAGAGGCCCAAAACAAGCCUGAAGCCACCCUUUUCGUCAUCCACAACAAUGUGUACAACGUUACUCCGUUCUUGGACGAACAUCCAGGCGGCCAUGAGGUCCUAGUUGGUGUCGGAGGCACGGACGCCUCAGAAGACUUCGAUGAUAUCGGCCAUAGCAUAGACGCUAGAGACAUCAUGAAGAAAUAUCUAGUUGGUGAAAUCGUGGAGUCAGAGAGAGUCGAGAAGACGAAGAAAAACGUCAAAUGGGACGAUGUUAAGCACGAUGGAGGAUCAGGAUUGUUCAGUACUUGGCGUGUACCGUUGCUGGCUGCGCUGGCUGCAUCGCUAGUGUAUCUGUACUUCACGUAGCUGGACUGCUUAGUAUAAGGAUUGUUAAGGUUUUGUACACUAUUUUAUUAUUAAAG